CGAAGCAAGAGAGACAUGUCAGGUUGGGACGAAGGAAGAGUAUUCAUCAGUGGAGGAGGUGGAUUCGGUGGACUACAAGCACAGAAUGAAUUGGCUGCUGCUGCCGCUGCAGUUCAGGAGAAGUUCUUAAAGUUCAUACGUGGAUGGAAGAACCAAGACAACUCAUUCAUCUAUCGUGAGCAAUUGACACAGAGAUACAACCUCGAGCAAUACUAUCUCGAGGUCAACAUUGAGCAUCUAUCUCAAUUCGAUGCAAACCUCACUCAUCACCUCAUGACCAAGCCCAAUGAUGUCAUCCCUCAUUUUGAGAGAGCUGCAAAGGAAGCAGUACACAAGAUGAAGUAUAAUAUGGACAUUACAGAGAUCAAUGACAUACAGGUACUAUUUAUAAGUAGUCAGGAGCCAUCAUCAAUCAGAACAUUGAAAGCAAGUCAUAUUGCACGUCUGGUCAGGAUACCUGGAAUAGUGAUCUCAGCAUCAAGAACACAGCCAAGACCCGUCAGGCUUGUUGGCAGAUGUAGGUCAUGUGGCCAUGACCUCGUAGUUGACGUACCACCCGGUAUCACAGUCAGUCCCUUGCCCCUUGUCUGUGAGAAAUCCCUAAGAGAUGGAACACAGUGCGGAAACAACCCAUACUACAUUAUGUCAGACAAGAGCAAGUUUGUCAAUCAACAGAUAUUGAAGCUACAGGAGAGUCCUGAUAGUAUACCUACGGGUGAGAUGCCAAGACAUAUCCAAUUGACGUUGGAUAGAUGUUUGGUCGAGAGAAUCACACCUGGAACACGUAUAUCAGUGUUGGGCGUGUUUGGCAUCUACCAAGGUAUUGGUGGCAGGAAGAAGGAGGUAGCGGGUUCGGCAACCAUUCGUCAGCCAUACGUCCGUGCACUUGGUAUCACAUCGGACACUGACAAGGGUGGAAGGUCCAACUACUUCUUCACGCCCAAGGAAGAGGAUGCGUUCAAACAAUUCUCCAAACGAGCCGACCUCUAUGAGCACAUCUCAAGCAACAUUGCACCAUCAAUCUAUGGACAUGGAGACAUCAAAAAGGCCAUCACUUGCCAACUGUUUGGAGGCUCACUCAAGAGAUUGCCUGACAAGAUGAGAUUGAGAGGCGAUAUCAAUCUGUUGUUGCUUGGCGACCCUGGAACAGCAAAGUCACAGCUGUUGAAGUUUGUCGAGAAGGUCGCACCGAUCUCAGUGUACACGUCUGGAAAGGGCAGUAGUGCAGCCGGUCUAACAGCAUCGGUGAUCCGUGAGCCAUCCACCGGUGAGUACUACCUGGAGGGUGGUGCAAUGGUCGUGGCAGACGGUGGUGUGGUCUGCAUCGAUGAGUUUGACAAGAUGGAUGUCAACGAUCGUGUGGCCAUUCACGAGGCCAUGGAACAACAGACCAUCUCCAUUGCCAAGGCAGGCAUCACAACCAUUCUCAACUCUCGCACAUCGGUACUGGCGGCAGCAAACCCUGUCUUUGGUCGAUACGAUGAUUUGAAGUCAGCCGGAGAGAACAUCGACUUCCAAGCAACAAUCCUUUCUCGUUUCGAUAUGAUCUUCAUUGUGAGGGACCCUCGUAAUAUGGCCAGGGAUAUGAAGAUCGUUGACCAUGUGUUGCGAAUCCAUCAACAAGGCGCCAACGUCAAAUCGGACAAUGGCCAGUUUGAUAACUUCCUCAAGAAGUACAUCUCAUAUUGUCGCAGUCGUUGUAGUCCAAGAUUGUCAGACGAUGCCAUCGAAGCACUCAAGAAUCACUAUGUAUCCGUUCGUGCCACAGUCAGGAUGCAACAAGAUGAAGGUCAAGCCGCAGCCAUCCCAAUCACUAUAAGACAACUGGAAGCCAUUGUUAGAAUAUCCGAGUCCUUGGCAAAGAUGUCUUUGUCAAACAAUGCCACGAUCACUCAUGUGAUGGAAGCUAUUAGAUUGUUCACAAUCUCAACAUUCGACGCCAUCACCACUAAUAAUGCAGUGGGAGAGACAUUGACUCCACAGAUAUUACAAGAGGUGUUGGAGGCAGAGACACUGAUCAAGCGUAGAUUGCCCAUCGGCUCCAAGUCCAGCACCAAGAAGAUCGUGUCUGAGCUCUCUGGCAAGGUCUCCUCAUUCUCCAUUCGCAAGGCAUUGGACAUCCUCGUCAAGAGAGAUGAGUUUGAGUAUCGCUUCCAAGGCAAGAUCAUCCAAAGAAAGUCCUAA